AUGAAACAGCCAGAUAUGGAGGGGAUUACGGGGCAAAGGCUCCAAUACUUGAAGGAGUUAUUCAGUUUGCUUCUGAACCCUUUUUUAAUCCAAGGACAAGGAACAGAGACUUCACAGUCGGAAAUAAAGCGGUUAUUUCCCAUAGAAGGUUUCACUUCUAGUGAACUAAUAGACACGUCAAAGGUUCCCAACUUUCCAGAUAAUGAAACAAACAUCAAGAAGAUUCAAGAAUUAGUUACUAGAGAAGUUUUCCAUCCUCCCAAAGCUUUACUUAAACGAAAAACUGAUACAGAACUUUCUGGAGUUAAAAGCAAGUCACAGAAGUCAUCAUCAUCUGAUGUUAAUAACAUUUCAACUAUAGGUGUUACCAUAGAAUCUUUAAAGAGUCAAGAUCAAGUUAGAAGGGAGCACUUGGAACAAUUUUUAAGUUUGGACAUUCGAGAUUUAGAGAUUGUUGCAAUGCCUGAAAUAUACCCUAUCAAACCACACAAUGUAUCGUCUUUGACCGAGCUUUAUUAUCUUACCCAAACUUUACCUUUGACUAAGUUAAUCCCUGCAUGCCAUAAGACGUUAAUGACGGAGAACUUUGAGUUGGCUUUACUCGAAGGUAAAAUAGCAGUGCUAUAUUCAAGAAUAGAAGAACUAAAACGUCAGAAGAAGUGGUCAUUACGUCAACCUAUGCGUUAUUACGAUCCAAUGAGGUAUUCAUAUCCAAAAGCAGCCAUAACUGAUCAUAUUGAAGAUAUGGAAGCAAAUAAGCGAUCUACACCACAAGCAAAGAAAUCUCAUUGGGACUUCUUACUUGAAGAAGGGAAGUGGAUGGCUGUAGACUUCAAGGAGUCCUUCAAAUUCAAGAAAGCUUGUGCUGUGAUGUUGGCCCAUGCAGUUCAAGAGUAUUGGAAAUAUGGUAAAGUAGUCUGUAUCAAGAGGAAACGUAUAAAACAUUUAUCGGAUAAAGAAAUCGCAGCUAUUAAUAAUAAUAGCGUUACACAGAAGGGAGAAAGUGAAUUAGAUUCGAUUGAAGUGGAGGAAGAAGAAGAAGAAAAAUUAGUUGAAAUUGAUAUAGAUAUGGAGCCAAAUGAUGAAGGUAAUAAUGAUGAAGAUGAUGAAGAAAUGGGUAGUGCAAAUGAUGAAGAAUUACCCUCAACUAGAGAAGAUUCAAUAAUUAAGAACGAAGAAAAAAUAAUGACAGUUGAUGUUCCUGAACUUCUAAAGCCUUCCUCUCAGGAUAUAAUCUCAUUCAUUCCCAAACCACCAACAUUCACUGCAGAGGAGGUUGAAAGACUUCGAGGAGAAGAGCAAAAAAAUCAAUUCCCAUUCAAAACCCAUAUCAAUUUGAACGAUUUGAAGAAGAUAGACCAAUCUAUUAUACGCAACAUACCAAAGUUUACGGCUUUUGAUGAAGUUCCAAAUCCAGUUCUUUCAAAUCCAAUAGAUCAACCAAUGAUUCCUAUAUCCCGUUUAUUACAUCCCAUGGAAGAGAAUGAUAAUUGGUAUAAGAUUAUUCUUCGUAAGGAGCACCAAGAUAAGGGCACAGGAACAGCAAAAUCCACCAAUACUUUACCAGAGUAUCAAAAGGGUUUAUUUGGGUUUCAAUCCCAUCGUCGUUUUAAUUUCUUGAAACCACCAAAGCCUCCGCUUGUUAAAAAUAUUGAAUUCAGAUCUCCAACUAUUUGGUUACCAAGUGACGAUAGAAAAUUAAUUCAUUAUGUUGCUGAGUUUUGUUUCAAUUGGGAAUUAAUAUCUGAGCAUUUGCUGGCCUCAGCUACCUCAUUAAAGCGUUAUGAAUCUAAUAUAGAAAGAAGGACCCCUUGGCAAUGUUUUGAAAGGUAUAUUCAAUUAAAUGAGAAAUUCCAAUUCAGCGAUAUGAAGGGUCCAUACUCUUACCAAGCACAAAUGUGGUUAGAACAUGCCCAUAAGGCACAACUGACAACAAAGCGGAGAAUUUCACCUCUUGGUGUUGGAGAUGAAUCUAUACAAAGAGGUCACCGAAGAUUAAGAUGGGCAAGUAUGUUUGAUGCUAUGAGGAAAUGUAUGAAAAAGAGAGAACUCAAAAUUGUCCAGAGAAAGGUUAUAGCCUCUUCUGCUCAAUCGAACGUUUCUUCUAGAUCGAGUGCUUCCACCAAUGGGCUAAGGAAUGGAAAUAACACAGGUACUAAUAGUAAUAGCAGCAGCAGCAGCAAUAAUGGCAACGAUAAUAAUGGUAAUGACAACAGCAGCAAUAACAAUAACAAUAACAAUAACAACAACAACAACAACAACAACAACAAUAAUAAUAAUAAUAAUAAUAAUAAGAAUAGCAGCAACAAUAGCUCUGCAUCUGCAGAGGACAGCUCUACUGAAAAUGUCGUCAAGCGGUCUUCAGAUAGAGUUCCAACCCCAUCGGAGCUUUCGAAGCUAAAAUUCGAGAGGGAUAAAUCAAUUCAAGAGGCAUUUAUGAACCAACAAGCAACAAGAUCAAGAAUGAUGGCUUCUUUGGUUCAACAGAAGCAACAGCAAUCGAAACAACCCCAAUCUAGUGGUGGCUCAUCAGCAUCUCAAUCUAUUGGACCAUCACUCACAGAUUCUCAAACAAUAGGUAAGAUUUCAACUGCCCAAUCUGGAUCUCAAUCAUCGCAAUCCAGUGAUAUCUCCAACAGCCGUACUGCUGUUCCUCCUGGGAGCUCUGGAGUUCAAUCUAAAGGUCAGAUUAAGUCUCAGGUGAAACCCAUUCAAGGACUUGGCAAUGGUGCACAACUUCCAUUUCAAACAGGCUCUGCUAGUAGCUCACCUCAGCUUCAGCAAUCAAUAACCAAUACUAAUGGACUAGAUAAUUCAGUCGCAAGAGCCCAAUUCACACAGGGAUCAUCUGUGACCAACAACAGUGGUAUAACUCAGAAGGUUCAACUUCUGCAACAGCAACUCCAACAACGACAACAACAGCAACAGCAACAGCAACAACAACAAAUCUUGACAUCACUGCAGCAACAGCUUUUGUCAAAUGGAAACGGUGCUCAAUAUAGUCCUCAACAAAUCCAACAAAUAUUGCAAAUGCAAAAACAGAGAAGACUUGCUCAGCAACAACAGCAGUUGGCCAAAGCAAAGGCGCAAGGUCAAGUGCAAGCACAGAUUCCUAUUUCUUCUAGUGGAAACCUUGGAUUUGGGUCCAAUAAUAUUGCAAGUAACACUACUUCUGGUGGUGCUAGUGCUCAACAGCAAGUUCCCAUGAAUAAGGUACAGCAGCAAUUAGCGAUGCAGCAGCAGAAUGGAGUAACUUCAUCACAGACCCUGAUGUCCCCCAAAAGUGGAACGACAGCUGGGAAUAAGAUGUCUGGAGGUACCGGGAUGAAUGCUGGACAGGCUGUUCAGAAGCUGCGUAUGCAUUUUGCGCCUGCUCAGAUCUCUGCCAUUAUCAACACGAUCCAAAGCAAGAACCCUAACUUUACCAAGGAACAAGUGACGAAGUUAGCUGCGACGUACCUUGCGAAUUUACAACAACAACAACAGAAUAGACACACCCAACAAGUACAACAGCAACAGCAACAGCAACAGCAACAACAUGGCAUUUCCAGUCAAGGUAACUUGAAAUCGAAUAUUGCAGUGUUGACACCGCAGGAACGAACACAAUUGCAGAUGUUGAAAGGUGGAAAGAUCCAACAACAACAGAAGCAGCAACAGCAACAACUUCAACAACUUCAACAGCAACAGCAACUACAGCAGAUGCAACAGGCCAUGAAUCAGAAACAGCAGGCACAAGCGAGACAACAACAACAACAGCCACAGCAACAGAUGCAAAGAGCACAAGCACAAGCACAAGCUCAAAUGAAUACUUCUGGAGUAAAUCUUGAUCCCAAUACGUUGGCCAAACUUGACUAUGAGCAACGGAAACGAUUACUAUUCCAAAGACAUAACCAGCAGCAGCAACAGCAGCAGAGACAACAACAACAACAACAACAACAACAACAACUUGGAAACCCUGUACUGCCUCAAUUGAGCCAAACACUGGCUUCUGUGCCUACACCGGGACAAAUACUUGCACAGAGCAUCAGUCCCUCGCACUCACCUCUACAAAGCAAGAUCAUACAAGGGUUUUCGCCCGGAACUGAGAACAUGGAGUCACCAGGCAACUCGUCUAUUGGGAGCAUCCCGCCCGGUAACGGUACCCCCCAGUAA